CGUCUUGAAGCCACAGCCACAGCCAGGCACGCAUCUACGCCCAUAUCCACCAUCGAAUCCUCGAGCACAAAUGGCUGCAGCCCCGCCUCCGCCCCCCCAAUGGGUCAUCGACCUCAACUCGACGCCCGCAUCCAAGCCCAAGAAUGCCGCUCUCAUCGACCCACCUGGUUAUACGGCCUCGCUGACCAAGAAGGAGCGUUCCCAGGCCUCCAAGAACCAGCGCGUACCCCCAACCGCAGACGAGAUGGACACGCUCAAGAUGAAAAAAGCCUGGGAGGUUGCCAUUGCCCCCGCUAAGCAGCUGCCCAUGAAUGCCUUUGGCAUGUACAUGACCGGAAACACACUCCAAAUCUUCUCCGUCUUUAUGGUCUUUACCCUCUUCAAGACGCCCGUCCUCGCUGUCCUUGGCCUCCAACGCACCUUUGCCCCAUACCAAACCCCCGGCACCGCCGGCCGCCUGCUCGGAGUCAAACUCGUCUACAUUGCCUGCAACUUGCUCAUGUUAGCUCUUGGAAUCUGGAAGGUCAACGCAAUGGGUCUGUUACCUACGACGCGGUCAGAUUGGCUGGCAUGGGAAAGCGAAAGAACAUGGUCAGAAAGAGCUGUGCCUCAGGAAUGGCUAUAGCCUUUUUUUUUCCAUUCGCUUGGAAUACACGAAUUGAACAUAUGAGGCCCUCUGUGUCCAUGGCCUCUAUAAAUUGAUCUUUUCUUAAU